UCGGGACUGCACUGCUUGCUUUUGGGGCGCCGCCUUCUCGCUCCGAUGAUUCGUUCGAUCAGUGGAGGUGGCCGUGGGCGGCUCCUGUUCCUGCUCCAGGCCGUCUGCCUGGUGUCGGUAGUGGUGACACAGCAGCCACAGCCGGACUACCGGCGUUACCUACGCACCCGCCAGCCGGCGCUGGUGGGCGAGAGGCACGUCGAGGAGGUGCUCGAGGUGUUCCGGACUGUGGCGCGCCCACCACCCUACCAGCUGCACCACACCGACGUCAACCAUUUGCUCGCGCUCGAGCGGCUCCACGAGCAGCAGCGAAGCAGGACCACCACCACAACGACGACGACGACGACGACGACGACCAUGGCGACGACCCCGUCUGCCAGCACGUACCGGGCGCCGACGUACGAGAACCGCAACCCGGACUACCGGUACCUGUACAGGCCGCUGAUCACGGCAACCGAGAUCGGUCGCACCAACAUUACCAUCAAGGAGGCCGACUCGUAAUCGCCAACCGUCCGUUUUCAACCCUCGGUUGGGCACCCGGCGUUUACCCCUUCGUUGGGCACCCGGGUACCCCACUUAUGUGCAUUGCAUUGUUAUGUUCUUGUAUCAUCGUUUGUAUCAGUUUUAUGAUAAAAAAUUGUGUUCUAGGACUAAUUUAAGAGUGUUCGGAACGUAUUUUUGUUUAAAAAUCACAACAAAAUCCAAUAAAAACAAUAAAAAUAAUGAACACAAUGCACUGAUACCAUGUUUAGUUGAUGUAACACCGUAGGAUGUCCCCUUUGUAUGGGCCAUUGGUCUGGCGCGGAUCAUCCGGACCUUCUUCCUGGCGCGGAUCAUCCGGACCUACAGAAAAACAUUCCGUUGGUGCCAGUAAUUCCUCAAGUCCUCAUACAUUUCCGUUUGUGUGCUCUGUCCGAGGAAGAGGUCCGCGAUGAUCCGGGCUGUACCAGUGGUCCAUAGAAAGGGGGCGUUCUACGAUGUUACAUCAACUAAAAACAGGGUUCACGAAAAAUCGUCCCAUUUUCUUUCAGUUUGUCAUAGCCGAAUGAAAUAAAGUGCGUUGAAUAGCUAAAACCUGCCUCUAGUUUGGCGUGAAAAAGUCAAUACCUUAUCUCAAACCGUUUCGUCAGGAAAAUUCAGUCUCAUUAGUUUCGGAACGCACCAUGUAUAUUGGUCUCUGUGGUCUACGAAAAUGCCGCCUAAACCCUUUUUGAUGAAGAUUAGUGUAUGAUUUACUCAUAUGUUAAGAAAA